AUGGGCAAAAAAGACAAACGUUCUAAACUCGAAGGAGAUGAACUAGCUGAAGCUCAACAGAACGGAUCAUUCCAACUUCCUUCAUCGACUGAAAUAGCUAAGCUUGAUGCUUCUCAGUGGCCACUUCUUCUCAAGAACUAUGAUAAGCUCAACGUGCGCACUAACCACUAUACCCCCCAUGUAGAGGGAGUUUCGCCACUAAAACGUGACAUUAAAAACUACAUCUCAUCUGGUUUCUUCAAUCUGGACAAACCAUCGAAUCCUUCGUCUCACGAAGUGGUUUCCUGGAUUAAAAGAAUUCUUCGAUGCGAAAAAACAGGUCACAGUGGAACCCUCGAUCCAAAGGUUUCUGGAUGUUUGAUUGUUUGCAUUGAUCGUACCACUCGAUUGGCUAAGUCUCAACAAGGAGCUGGUAAAGAGUACAUCUGCAUCUUCAAACUUCACGAAGAGGUUGAGGAUGAUCGUAGAGUAAAACAAGCUCUUGAAAAACUCACCGGAGCAUUGUUCCAACGUCCACCACUGAUCUCGGCUGUCAAAAGACAGCUUCGUAUUCGUACUGUAUACGAGAAUAAGUUCAUCGAGUAUGAUCCAGCUCAGCAAAUGGGUAUUUUCAAUUGCAUUUGCGAGUCGGGAACAUACGUCCGUACUAUUUGUGUUCAUCUCGGUCUUAUUCUUGGAUGUGGAGGACAAAUGCAAGAACUUCGAAGAAACAGAUCUGGAAUUUGUGACGAGAAUGAAAACAUGGUCACCAUGCACGAUGUUCUUGACGCACAAUAUCUUUUAGACACGCAGAAGGAUGAGAGUUACAUGAGACACAUUGUUCGUCCAUUGGAGGCUCUUCUAACUCAACACAAGCGGGUUGUUGUCAAGGACAGUUGUGUCAAUGCGAUUUGCUAUGGUGCUAAAAUUCUGAUCCCAGGAGUUCUUCGUUAUGAUGAUGAUAUCGAAGUUGGAAAGGAGAUUGUGAUUAUGACUACAAAAGGAGAAGCCGUUUGCAUUGCUAUCGCUCAAAUGAGCACAUCCACUAUUGCGUCUGUCGAUCAUGGAAUUGUAGCCAAAUCAAAGCGCGUUAUCAUGGAACGUGAUGUCUAUGGAAGAAAGUGGGGAUUAGGACCAGUUGCAUCAAAGAAAAAACAGAUGGUAAAGGAUGGCCUCUUGGAUAAGUUCGGAAAGCCAAACGAUUCUACUCCAAAAUCGUGGGCCAAGGAGUACGUGCAGACCGACAAAAAAGCUGCCGUCAAAACCGAAGUAGUCGAAGAGGAGGAAGAUGUAGCACCGAAGAAGAAGGCGAAGAAGGCUGUAAAGGAAGAGUCGAGCAGCAGCGACAGCGAAUAA